AUGAGCGCGCACAAGGAGGCGGCGAAGCAGCGUAAACGUAAAUCACUCAAAAUGGCAUUGGAGAAGUGCAUGCAGCGACGCGAUGCGAUGGCAUGCACUGAGGUAGCGGGCGGCGAACAGGGGGGCGUAAUGGGUAUCGCAGGAGGAGCAGGAGAAAUGGGCGAAACAACAACAACAACGACGACGGCGACGGCGGCAGCGGCUGCAGCUGCGGCAGCAGCAGCGACUGCAGCAGCAGCUGCUGGUCUGCUUAGCUUUGAGCAUCAAGAGAUCGCAAUGCAAAUUAAAGCAGCCAUGGCAGCCGAACAGCAGCAACGCGAACGAGCCGAAGCCGAAGCUGAGGCAGAAGCCGAAGCGAUGGACACGACGGCAAACACAACAGCGAACACGACGGCGACGACGACGACAUCAACAACAACGGCGACGACAACAACAACAACGGGCGAAACAUCAACCACCACCGACGAAGGCAGCGAUGCCGAAGCCGAAGCUGAGUUAAGCGGCAACGAAGCGUUGCCGAAGGCCACAGCCAUGGAUAUCGAUGAGCCCGAGUCGGAGCUUGUUGUUGUUGAGCCAAAGAUCGAACCGUUGUCGGACAGCGAACCCGAAGACGAAGAAGACGAUGAAUUGUUGGCACAACAACAACAACAGCAGCAGCAUUAUGCGGCUGCCGCUGUAAUGCCCAUCGAUGAGCCUGUUGAAAUGCAGCGCACGCCCACGUCCACGCCCACCAGCCAAAUGUUGAUGAUGGCCCAUGAAGCGCCCGCUUUGACCUCUACGCCCAAGGUCAAUGUGGAUGUGAAUGAGCAGUAAAUGAGAAGAAGAGAGAAGUAGAAGACGAAGAAGAAGAAGAAUAGGAAGAAGCCCCCACCCGCCCACAACAAAAGAAAAAAAACAAAAAACUAUAACGAAUUGAAUGCCACAAUUCAACAAAUUGAUUGAUUAAUUGAUAGAGAGUGAUUGAGUGAUUUACAAAGAGAAAGAAGAAGAAGAAGUUUACGUUACGCGCUACGAAAAUGAUGAUGAAGAAGAAGAAGAAUGACUACUGUUGCAACUGUCGUUGCCCUCGGAGACCACCUAUAACAAAAAAAUGCAAGUCCCAAGCAAAUCGCUUGGGCAAAGAUGUCUACUAUAACUAACUAUAACUAAAUACUAACUUUAUGCACACAACAAACACACACACACACACACACACACAUAUACAACACACACAAACACAAGUACACAAAGGCAGUAUUUGAUGUUCUUUUGAUGUUUAUUAUUUUUGAUUCCUUUUUCCUUCGACAAAAACAGACCAACAACAACAACAACUACCACAAACAACAACAACAACAAUGCUAGCGAAAAAUGAAAAUAUAAAUAUUUUUAAUUUAUUAGAAGAAAGAGUCUAUAACACAAAUCCGGCUGAAAAAUCGUUUUCAGUGUGCUAAGAAAUCGUCUCAACAAAAAGAAUAGUGAAUGAAAAAAAAAACAAAACGGAAAAUGAAACAAACUCACUAGACUCGCUUUGCUUUCAUCAGGCAAAGGGUCGAAUGAGCUAAAUGAGCGAAAAUAAAAUAUGAAAAGAAAGAAAUAUGAAAAUAGUUAUGCUUGCACAAAACAAAAAAAGUUUGAACGUUUUUGAUUGGUAGCUGAAAAUAUAAUUGUUUUUAAUAUACUUAACACAAACAUAUAUAUUUAUUAUUCUUUUGAAGAAAGUAUUUCAUUUUUUUUAAAACACUGCAAAGUUGCCUCAAAUCAAACAAAAACGAAACAAAAAAGGAAGAAGAAAAAACGAGAAUAAGAAUACAAAAUAAAUACUUAACUGAAUUUAAAUAGCUGCAAAUCAACAACUAAAAACUACAAACUACAAAAAACUAUAAAAACAAAAAACAGCAACAACAAACUACAAAGCAACAAUAGCAACAAAACCGCAACCACAAGUACCUGCAAUAAAUAAAUAGUAUAAAACAAACAAAAAAACAAAACAUAAAAUAUUGAAAUGGAAGCAUUAAAAAAUCGCCUGCGUCGUCAGCCAAUUUGGCAUUUUGUUUGUCUAGUUUUUUGUAAAUAAUUUUAUUAAAUUUAUAUAAUACAAUGACAGCAAAAUGCAGUUGGCUGCCACGCCCCCCAUGCUGUGCGUUCACAUUGCUUUUAAACAACAACAUUUUUAAUUUACAUUACAUUUUUCAUUUCUGUUUUUUUUUUUCACCAUUUUGGGCCUCAAAAUUUUAACAAUCGAAAAUCACGCACAACUUUUGGCCAAAUCCAAAUGCAAAAAAAAACGAAAAAAAAAAAGGAAAAUUCUUAUGUUUUUAAUUUCAACAUUCAAGCAACAGAAGUAAACAUAAAUAUAUAAAACAAUUGGUAAAUUGGGUGCCUAUUAACAAAAGUAAAUUAAUUAAACAACUAUUAGUGAAAUUUUAUAAAGAAAACCUAAAGAAUAAAAUCUAAAAUAAAAACGUAUAUAUUUAAAUAAAAAAAAACAAAGUAAACAAUUAAAGAUAGUAAAAGAAAUGCAAAAAAAAACGAGAAACUUGUUAUAAAAAGAAAAACCACUCAAAAACGUUCUCAACAAACUUGAAUGAAAAGCAACAAACAAUUAAGAAACAACAACAAAACAGAACAGCAAUAAUUACAGCAAACAAAAAGAAUUACAAAAACAAAAAUUCAAAAUCAAAAAACACUUUUGGCACACCUUUGGAAAACAUUUUUCAUAACCAAAAAAGAAAAGAAAAUUAUGAUUUUACCCAACAAACCACAAAAAAAAAAAUGAAAAACUUUUCUUAAAUUCAAAAUUCAGUUCUUUCGGCUUUUAUGAUUUUUGUACAAGGUAAAAAAAGAAAAACAAAAAACAACAACACGAUGAAAAUGCUGUAAAAAUAAUCUGAGAAAUCUUGUUGUAAACGCCUUAAAUAAACGCAAAUGGGCGUGUCAGGCACUGUAAAUACAAACACACACAAAGAAAACACACAUGCACACACACACACCAACACACAGUUUAAGGUUCAGUUGUAAAAUGAUAUAAUAUUGAUGUAGGAUCUAGUAUAUAUAUAUUAUAUAUAUAAAUAUUAAGCGCAUAUGUAGGAACACUUAGGCUCGCCAAAAGUUGCUUGCAAAAAAACAAGAUUAGGGUUUAUGUUCAUGUUUAAGUUUCCCUUUUUACAUAUUGGACACAAUAGUGCAAGUUUUUCUUUUUACAUAAACUACAGGGUGAUAAAAACACACACACACGCACAUAAACAAUAGUUAAAAAACAAACAAACACACACACAAACACAAACACUCAAAUAGUAUUCAACGGAAUGAUUUAAGCAAAUAGCCAAAUGUUAAAGAUCUAGUUACAUAUAUCAAAUGUUAAACAUGCUCUCAACGAUUUUUGAGAAUCGCAGAGAGCGCCGCAGACACACAUACACAUACACGUACACACACACACACACACACACAUUUCCUCCCCCCACUCCCGUCGUGUAGUUCUUACUUACGUAAUCUACCCCAAAAACCAGUUUGUUCUGUGAUGUGCAACGUUCAAACCACGUUUGGCGUUGCAAAGUUUUUGUUUUCUUUAUUUUUUGUAAUAAUUAAACUAAUAAUAUCGUAUGGUUUUCCCGCAUGCUUAACACUAAACUUAACUAACUAACCGUAUAUAACUCGAACAGCAAAACAACAAAACAAAUCAACAAAAACAACAACAACAACAAAAUGAAAGAAAAAGAUUUAACGAAACAAAUUAUGAUAAACGUAAUUAAUUGCAAUAAUUUACUUUAAAUGCAAAGAUGAAAAAAAUAACAAAUUUAUUAUUAAUAAUAAUAAUCCCACCCCUCUUCCCCUCCUCCGCCUCCUGUAUCCCCUAAGCAACCCAACCACGUUCCAUUCGCAAGCAGCGAUUUGUUUCUCAGCAACGUUCUCUGGAGUCUGAAUUACAUAUUAUUUUUUAAGUACGUUGUUGUUGCACUCGUCGCCUAUGCUGUGCGAAUUGGGGGCGUGGCAUUUGUGGGUAUGCUGCUCAAUUGAAAACAAGAGAAAUUACAUUACAUUUUCGUUUUUUUAAUUUUUGAGAGAAUAUAAUAAUAAUAAUGAUAAUAUAUUGUGUGUAUACAACAUAAUACAAAGUAAAUUAAUUUUUUAGGUUUCAUUUGAAUUAGAGCUUAGUUUUAUAUAACGACUAUGUUUAGACUUAUGUACUGCAACUUAAUUGUAUGUAUGGAAAUCAAACUCAGGAACUCAUAUACCUCAGAAACUACCUCUUUGUUUUUUAUUAUUAUUAUGUGUUUACUGCAACAAACAAACAAACAAGAAAACAUCAAUAAUAAUAGUCAACAAGUCAAGCUAAUUUGAAGAUGCUACAAAACAGCUUUAGUUCUUAGUAGAUUUUUUGUUUAGUUCUUAACUCCUUAAUAUAAUAAUAAUGAUGAUGACUAAUCUUACGUAAUAUGCAAAAGACAACUUGCACACACACCAACACACCAACACACACACAUGCAAUAGCAACAAUAUCGAACUGCAAUAGUUAACUAAACUACCUCAAUGGGCUCCCAUAGACUGCGCAUACUCGUAAUAUUCGAAAUGAAACAAUAUGAGAAAUGAAAACUUACAACUUAAUACUAAAUGCAAUUUUAAUUUCAUUUGUAAAAUGGUGACACACACACACACAGAGACGCUAACACACACACACAUACACCCACACACACCUUUUGGCUUAUAAUUUCGAAAUAUUUACAAAAACAACAACAACAAACUUGAGUAAAUCCUUAUAAAAAUUAGAAGAAAAAAACUUUGGCAGAUACGUUUUUUAGAUAGGUUUUUGUAAAUAUGCGCUAAAUUACACACACACACACACACACA